GAUGGGUGUGAGAGAGAGAGAGAUGGGAGGAGAGGAAGUGGUGAAGAGGAGGAAAAUGGGGAGGGGAAAAGAUGAUGUAAAAAUGAAACGUAAUCUGGCUCCAGCUGCCCUUCUCAACUUUUCUCCUGUGUGCACACACCCAUAAACACGAAGAAGCCAAGAUGCUCUCACACAUCCUGGCAUCCCCUGUUUGGAUUACUGAUGAUAGGAGGGAGGCGUCAUGUCUGGUUAGGAUGUGACUUGAAGCAGGGUGCAGCAUACGAAGAAGAGGGGCUCCUGUGUCAGAGCUUUAGGAUGGCCACGGAAGGCUCCACUAUUCCCAGUCCUGUUGUCCGCCAAAUCGACAAGCAGUUCCUGAUCUGCAGUAUAUGCCUGGACCGCUACGAAAACCCCAAAGUACUGCCCUGCCUGCACACCUUCUGUGAGAGGUGCCUGCAGAAUUACAUCCCGGCCCACAGCCUCACCCUGUCUUGCCCUGUGUGCCGCCAGACAUCCAUCCUCCCAGAGAGGGGGGUGGCGGCGCUGCAGGAUAACUUCUUCAUCACCAACCUGAUGGAUGUGCUGCAGCGGAAGCCAGAUACCUGCAGCCAAGAGGCCGCCACCCUCAACAACAUCACCGCCGUGGCUACGGGUCAGCUGCUCUCCUGCCCCAACCAUGGAGGAAGUUUGAUGGAGUUUUACUGUCCUCCGUGCGAGACAGCCAUGUGUCAAGAGUGCACAAGUGGAGAACAUGGAGAUCACCCAACCGUGCCCCUUAAAGAUGUAGUGGAGCAGCACAAGGCCUCGUUACAGGACCAGCUGAAUGCUGUUAAGAAGAGGCUGCCGGAGAUAGACUCCGCCCUCCUGACGCUGUCAGAGAUCCUGCAGCAGCUGACCAAUCGGAAAAGCUCAAUUGAGGGUGACAUCCACACAACCUUUGAUGAGCUGCAGAAAACUCUCAAUGUCCGCAAGAGUGUUCUUCUCAUGGAACUGGAGGUCAACUAUGGGCUCAAACAGAAGGUUCUCCAGGCCCAGCUUGACACCCUGCUCCAGGGCCAGGAAGGCAUCAACAGCAGUUGCAACUUCACUGAGCAGGCGCUGAGCCAUGGCACCGAGGCUGAGGUGCUGCUGGUGAAGAAGCAGAUGGGCGAGCGCCUGAUCGAGCUGGCCAAUCAGGAGCUCCCUCUGCAACCCAGUGAGAAUGACCAGCUGGACUUCCUUGUGGAGACGGAUGGAUUAAAGAAAUCUAUCCACAACUUGGGCAUUGUGGUAACCACAAACGCAGUCGCAUCCGAGACUGUUGCCACAGGUGAAGGGUUAAGACACUGCGUGGUGGGCGUGCCCACAGCCAUCACCAUAACCACUAAGGACAAAGAUGGAGAACUGUGCAAGAUGGGUAAUGCAGUCAUUGCUGCUGAAAUCUCCAGCCCUGAUGGGAGCAAGGUUGACGGAGAGCUACUGGACAACAAGAACGGCACUUAUGACUACCUUUUCACUGCUCCCAAAGAGGGCUCUUUUAACUUAUCUCUGCGCCUGUACAACCAACACAUCAGAGGAAGUCCGUUUAGAAUAAAGGUUAACAAACACGCAUCCCCGAACGCAGAUGGCACAAAGAGGCUAAAGUCUCCGGGCAGUGGACACAUCAAGCAGAAAGCCAUCAAGAGGCCGGCGAGUAUGUACAGCACAGGGAGGAGGAAAGAGAAUCCCAUCGAGGAUGAUCUCAUCUUCCGAAUAGGUACAAAAGGGAGAAACAGAGGGGAGUUCACAAAUCUGCAGGGAGUGGCUGCCUCCUCUCAGGGAAAAGUGUUAAUAGCAGACAGCAACAACCAGUGUGUUCAGGUAUUUUCCAAUGAUGGCCAGUUCAGAAGUCGUUUUGGCAUCCGGGGCAGGUCUCCAGGUCAGAUGCAGCGGCCAACGGGCGUGGCUGUCCAUCCCAGUGGUGACAUUAUCAUUGCAGACUACGAUAACAAAUGGGUUAGCAUCUUUUCAAGCGAUGGCAAGUUUAAGAACAAAGUAGGCUCGGGGAAACUGAUGGGACCUAAAGGCGUAGCAGUGGACAGAAACGGCCACAUCAUCGUGGUCGACAAUAAGGCCUGCUGCGUUUUCAUCUUCCAGGCCAAUGGCAAGCUGGUCACCAAGUUUGGUAACCGUGGCAAUGGCGACAGGCAGUUUGCAGGACCUCACUUUGCUGCUGUCAACAAUAACAACGAAAUCAUUGUGACCGACUUUCACAACCACUCAGUCAAGGUGUUCAACACAGAAGGGGAGUUCCUGCUGAAGUUUGGUUCCAACGGCGAAGGUAAUGGCCAAUUUAACGCCCCCACUGGUGUGGCAGUGGAUGUCAACGGGAACAUCAUCGUAGCGGACUGGGGCAACAGCAGGAUACAGGUGUUUGAUGGCAGCGGCUCUUUCCUUUCCUACAUCAACACGUCAGCAGACCCGCUUUAUGGCCCGCAGGGAUUGGCACUCACCUAUGAUGGACAUGUGGUGGUCGCAGAUUCUGGCAACCACUGCUUCAAAGUCUACCGCUAUCUGCAGUAGCCCACCUCUUCCCUUUUAUAGGUACAUACUUACUACUUAGAAACAGUAGAUGGGGAAGACUGGAAGACUCUGCGCUCAUCAACUCAUUCAUUCUCUCCACUGUGCCAUCUGUUAAACUUUUCUCCUGAUUUUGAAGAAACAACUGAUCAAAGGUGGCUGCUGCUGGUUGGUGCUUUGAGGAGUUGAUCACAACCAUGUUCAUAUUCCAUUUGGAGUAUGCGAACAUGAAAACUGAAGCUUUAAUGGUGAAAUGCCUGUGAUAUCUCAACAAAUUGCAGAAAACUGGAUAGUGCUACACUGGUUUUGAAAACCGAGAUUAAUAUAAGUUAAACUGUAGUUUAGGUACCUGAGAAAUAACAGGUUUUAGAAGCUAUUAUUGCACCUUUUUGUUAAACUGCCCUUAAGAUUCCUCACAAUUUGCCUGUUCAAGAUCGGAACACUGAGCUUGCUGUAGGAUGGUUUGGAGCAUGAUGACGCAUUGCUGUGCAUGCUGUUUUUAACAAACAUCUUGAAUACAACUAUGCUCUGUAUUUGAAAAUACAGUUCAAUAUCAGCACUGUAAAAUUUUAAAUGGCUGCACAGUUUCAAUACUUAAAUAUUCUCAUUAGAAAACAGCUACUUGGUGUUGUCCGUCACAAUUUUAAGUAGUUUCUUGAUUACUUGAUUGGUUAAAAAAAUAUUUGUGUGCGUUUAUAUUACAAAUGUAGGCCACCUGAUGCUGUGACACAAGAUCUUUAAUGAAUAAACAUUUGAUAUAUUACAGUUAAAAUUAAACUGGAAAUGAAUAAAUGCAUCCCUAAUUGUUUGUCAAAAUAUUUAAAACAGGAUUAAAUGUAAAAUUCCUUUAUUUAAAUUUUUGGUUAUUUUUACUCCCUUACAAUUUCAGUUUUUAUUUAGUAAAUUUGUGAUUCCUGUGUUGUACCGAGGGCCAAAAGUGCCACAAUCCAACUGUAAUAAAUAAAUUCAAUAAAUAAAUAUGUAUCAAAAUAAAAAUUUCAACAAUUAUUAAUUGCACAGAUCUAAGAAUGUGUAAAUCAUUCUUUGAAACCUGAGUUUAUGAUGUUUAAAAUAAAGUCCAUCAUGAAGUAUUACCUUGGCCUAUACCACAAAUGAUAUAUCAUGAUCUGCUGCAACAGGACUGUAAAAUGUUGAAAUGACUAUAUUUUUUUAUUUAAUAUGUGCAUUUACAAUUUUAUCAUUAUCAAAUAUAUAAAUAUUUCACAACUUAUUUAUUGGAUUGUGUCACUUUUGGCACUUGAUAGUGCAGCAGUUUUCCAUGGAAUAGUUUAAACAGUCUGUGUUGGUCUUCAUACAUACCUUCAGCCUGCAUAACGUGCAGAGCUAGUUCACUUGUCUGCCAAAAUAAGUUUUAUUUGUUCUAAAUCAAAUAUUUCAUCAGCAUUUAAAAAUUAUUUGUGGAUUGUUUUAAAAUGAAUUGGCACAUUUAAAUAUUUUAUUUAUCUAUUAAAUCAUGUUACAUUUAGAUAUCGAUAGGAAUCUGGUGUGAAAAUGUCUACACGAUGGGGCUGUAUUCCAGAUCUGCAGGAAUCCUGCUUGAAAACUUUGCCUAUCCUGCUGAAAAAUGGCUUUUAUUUUACACCACUGGUCCCAGAACUGCUAAACUGCAAUAACCCUAACUCAUCCUAAUGUGCUCUUAUGUCUUUUCAACAUCUCUGCAAGUCUAGUAACCAUUUGAUGGUGACCUUGCAGAUCUAGAAGAUGCGACAUGUAAAUAAGCAAUUUGUUGUAUAUGUUGUAAAAUAAAAUUAACUUGCGUUUUAAAACCUUCCUCAAAAAUUGUCUUAAAGCACACAAUUGUCAGUAUGUCUUCCUGAGUUCAGUCAUCCAAUUUCUACAAAAUCCUGUAAAGUUGUUUUGUUUUGUUUGUACUGCCAAACUGAAUUAAAGUGCCCAAGAAAAAAAAC